CUCUUCCAAUAUUUUUCACUCAAAAAUCAAAUAAUUUUUUUGUUUUCAUUAUGUCUUUACUUUAUAAAACAUCUAUGUCUGCUUUGGAUAAAAUUGUUCCAGCCAAAUUACAACCAUUAUGGAAACAUCCCGCUGGACCAAAAACGGUAUUUUUUUGGGCUCCUGUUUUUAAAUGGGGUUUGGUAAUAGCUGGAAUAGCAGAUUUGCAGAGGCCUGCUGACAAACUUAGCCCAUCACAAUGUGGAGCUUUACUUGCAACUGGUGUUAUUUGGUCAAGAUAUUCCUUAGUCAUCAUACCAAAGAAUUGGUCACUGUUUAGCGUCAAUAUGUUUGUAGCUGUAACACAAGGUUAUCAAAUGUUUAGAGCAGUAAACUAUAAUUUGAACAAACCAAAUGAACAACAGAAACAACAAGAACAAUCCUAG